CGCAAGACUCUUAGCAUUGGCAGGCUGACGGUGACACGUGCCUCUCUCUCAUCACCCCCGAGCUCCCGUGUACCGCAUUGGCAUCAGCGACGGCCACCGAAACGCAGGAGUCGACGCUGUGCCACGGAUCCAGAGAACGAAAAAGCCGCGCAAAACCGCGAGCGGUGUCCUUUACGCACCGGACAUUAAACUUGCUCUCUGGGAAGCGCGCAUCAGAGUUCGGCCAGAAAAAAAAAGAGAGAGGAGCGGGCGAACAGGAUGCAGGUGCCAGGCGUCAUCUACGUCUGAAAGUGACAUGAACCACGGAAUUAGCAAAAACACCAGGCGUGAUUUCAGUCAGAACUGGAGAUAACGAACACGCGUCACCACGAGAGUCCGUUCUCUUCUCGCUCCGUUGAUGCGCAGACAAAGAACUCCGGUCGCACUCUAAAUUCGAUAUAUCCAGAAAAACAUUUGCAGAGGUAUUUGAACACCAGUCUCAUUAAGGAGAGCAAUCAUGGCCACGGUAAUUAGAAGCAAGAUCUCUAACAAGCUGUCCAACGCGGCCACCACGGUCACCAAUAAGUCGCAGGCGAAGGUGAGCGGAAUGUUCGCCAAACUGGGCUUCCAGGCCGCCACCGAUGAGGAGGGUUUGGGCUUCGCCGCCUGCGAUGAUCUGGACUAUGACCACAGGCAGGGGCUUCAAAUGGACAUCCUUAAAACCGAGGAAAUGGGUGGAGAGGGCGGCGGAGAAACGGCGGGCGAGGGGGACAGCCAUUAUCAGAGGGAUGGAACGGGUCCGCCGCCCUCAGCGUCCAAAGACGGCGGAUUGUGCUCCGAAUUAGGCAGCCCGGACAAGCCAAAAAUUACUGCUUGGGAGGCAGGAUGGAACGUGACCAACGCGAUCCAGGGCAUGUUUGUUCUCGGGUUACCCUACGCCAUUCUCCACGGAGGAUAUCUCGGACUGUUCCUCAUUAUAUUCGCCGCGGUCGUGUGCUGCUACACGGGGAAAAUCCUCAUCGCUUGCCUCUACGAAGAAAACGAAGACGGCCAGUUGGUACGAGUGAGAGACUCGUAUGUGGAUAUUGCUAACGCAUGCUGCGCGCCGCGCUUCCCCGCACUGGGAGGCCACGUCGUCAAUGUAGCCCAAAUCAUCGAGCUGGUGAUGACCUGCAUUUUAUACGUCGUCGUGAGCGGAAACCUGAUGUACAACAGCUUCCCCAACCUCCCCGUGUCCCAGAGGUCUUGGGCCAUCAUCGCCACUGUUGCUCUUCUGCCUUGCGCCUUCCUCAAGAACCUCAAAGCUGUGUCCAAGUUCAGCUUGCUCUGCACCCUCGCGCACUUCAUCAUCAACAUCCUAGUGAUCGCCUAUUGUCUGUCCAGGGCGCGAGACUGGGCCUGGGACAAGGUGAAGUUCUACAUCGACGUCAAGAAGUUCCCCAUCUCCAUCGGCAUCAUCGUCUUCAGCUACACCUCCCAGAUCUUCCUGCCUUCGCUGGAGGGGAACAUGCAGAAGCCCAGCGAGUUCCACUGCAUGAUGAACUGGACUCACAUCGCCGCCUGCAUCCUCAAAGGCCUGUUCGCCCUGGUGGCUUAUUUGACGUGGGCCGACGAGACCAAGGAGGUGAUCACCGACAACCUACCAUCCAGCAUCAGAGCCGUCGUCAACCUCUUCUUGGUGUCCAAGGCGCUGCUUUCGUACCCACUGCCGUUCUUCGCCGCCGUGGAGGUCCUGGAAAAGACUUUCUUCCAAGACGGAGGGCGCGCGUUUUUCCCGGAUUGCUACGGGGGCGAUGGGCGUCUCAAAUCGUGGGGUCUCUCACUCCGCUGUGCACUAGUUGUGUUCACUAUGUUCAUGGCUAUUUAUGUGCCGCACUUCGCGCUCCUCAUGGGUCUGACGGGAAGCCUGACGGGCGCGGGGCUGUGCUUUCUCCUCCCCAGCUUAUUCCAUCUCAAGUUGUUGUGGAGAAAGCUCUUGUGGCAUCAGGUCUUCUUCGACGUCGCCAUAUUUGUGAUCGGGGGUAUAUGCAGUAUUUCCGGCUUCAUCCAUUCCGUCGAGGGCCUCAUCGAGGCGUACACAUACAACCUGGCCGAUUAGAUUAGUCUGGAAAAUGAUGAGCGGUGGUAUUUUGGUGAUAAGUGUUACGCAUCCCACAUAUUGAUAACCAAACCGAUACGUUUCCCCCAGAAAAGAUAAAUAAAUACAAAAGCAUUCAAGGCUCAUUUAAAUCUGAACUUGACACACAAUAAAUAAAUCAGCUCAAACACAAAUCUUUACUCAUCCAUAUGAGAAAUGCCUUGGACAGCAAACAGAUACCAUGCAGAGCAAACCUAUAUUUUUGUUGUUAAGCGAGAAAAUGGUUAACAAGUGAAUUUAUUUCAGCUUUGAUUUGUUGCCGACUCCACAGGAAUCGAGGAAGAAAUCAUUUCAUUGCAUCUGAGUGCAAGACAUUCAGCUGAGCAAAGCAAAGCAAUGCUGUGAGAGAGGAUCUGCAAUACACGCUUAAGAACAAAAACAUCACAGUAAUGACAGGGGACCAACGCCAUGGCAAUAAACACCGUAGAAUACGUUUAAAAUAAAUGAUGGGUUUUCCUUAAUUCGAUUUGAGGACACAUUUAAUUCUUGAUUAUUAUAGUUUGCAUUUACUGAACCAAAACGGAGUGGACAAGAUAGAAAAUAAUAAUAAUAAUAAUAAAGGCAGCAUACUGGACGGUGAAUAGAAGUAUUUAACUAUGCAUUUUGAUCGUAUGAUGUCCAUGCAGUAUUAGAGAUAUUCAGAAGAAAACGCUCUUUGCCAGAAAACAUAGCUACAAAGAGACUCGUGUUUUUACAAGACAUCGAAUAACGAACAAGAAAGAGAAAGAAAGGACGUGAAGAUAGUGUAAAGAAAAACGAAAAUCUGUCGGAAGAAAUCAUGGAAAAUAUAAAACUACCCACCAACUCAAAUAACUAAAUUUCGAUUUUGAGCAUUGCGUUGUUUAUCGGAUAUCAAAUGUCGUGAUUUAAAACUAUUAAUAAAGUUCAUGUUCCCCUCGGUGAGAUUUAUUCUAGCGUGGUUGGAUCGAAAUCAAGGGACUUGCAUAAGACAUUUUUUUUUCAUUUUGUGCAAUCCAAUGGGUGCUGUGGAAAUGUUAUAAAACCGUACGUGUUGUGUUAUUGUGGUUUAAAAGAUGGAAUGUAUAUCACAAAAUCAUUAUCAUAUAUCGUGAAAAUGAAUAUAUUGAAGAAUAAAGAAACGCGUGAAAUUAUA